UCGUAAAUAAAUUAAAUCCGGAAGAAGGAUCAGUGUCUCAUUUUAAGCUCUUUUGUAAAACAGUAUGGGAAAGCGAAAUAGAAAAGAUAUCAAGAAACAGCCAACCAAUGAUGUAGUUCCUUCACCUUCUGCACCAGUAAAAAAAUUCUCACCUGAUAGAGAGAGACAUGGAAAGCAUGAUGAUGUUCUGAUGAAAUCACCAGCAUCAAGGAAGAUAACGGAGUUCCUAACUCCUUCCAAAGCAGCGGCCGAUGAAGCAGUAGCCCAGGGAGCUACAUGCUCUGGUCAAGCAGUUGAAGUUCUUCCAGCUGUUUCAGGACUACUCACACCAGAUAACACCCCGACAAAGAUUACCUUGAAAUACACUCAAUCACCACCUGAAAAAUCACAACCUGAAAAGAAAAAAACAGGCAAGAAGAAACCCAUGGUAAAGGAGUUGUUCUCGGCACCAACACAUGAGAUCCAAGGAAGGGAUGAGCAAGACAGGACAUCACUGGAAAAUAAUGAAUGUGCCAUAGUGGAAUCAGCUGAAAUAAACAAGUCAGUUACCUCUACAAAGCAAGAGCAGAAAAAACAACCCAAACCAAAGCAAAGGAAAAAGAAGGAAGAAAAGACACAAACGACAACACUAACUGACUACUUUCCUGUUCGUAGGAGCAACAGGAAAAGCAAAUCUCAACUUGCGGCUGAGGAAAAGCAAAGGAUUGAAGAAGCUAUUCUGCAGAAGAAAGAGGAAGGAAUUGAGGUAAAGGAUAUAGAAGGUAAAGGCCGAGGUGUAUUAGCAACAAAAGCAUUCAGUAAAGGCUCAUUCAUUGUGGAAUAUGCUGGAGAUUUAAUAGACAUGAAACAAGCCAAAAUAAAAGAGGCGGAAUACUUAAAAGAUCCUAGCAUCGGCUGCUAUAUGUACUACUUCCUCUACAAAAAUAAACAUUACUGUGUUGAUGCAACAGCUGAGAGUGGUCGCCUGGGUAGACUGAUCAAUCACAGUAAGCAUGGUAACUGCUGCACUAAACUAACAUCCAUUGAUGACAGGCCUUAUCUUAUUUUGUGUGCAUCAAAGGACAUUAAAAUUGGGGAGGAAUUACUGUACGACUAUGGUGAUAGGGACAAACAAUCACUUGAAGCACAUCCAUGGCUUGCUUUAUAGUAGUAUUUGAGGGGGUAUUUUGGGGUUUUCGAUACUUGCAUGCAACAUUUACAUCAGUUUUUGUUUUAAAUUGUUUUAGUUUUUUCUAACAAGUUUACAUGAACUUAAGUUUUCAUUUGUUUGUAUUUACCCUGAAGUUUUGAAUGUUUUCUUUUGAUUUAUUAUUUUCAUGGAGAUUAUCAGUAAUUGUAAAUACCUGUAUAGGUCAUCUCAAGUUUCUGUAAUUUAAAAAGUGUUAUGACUACUGGUAAGGUCAGGGCAACUAAACAAUCAUACAGACUAUCAUGAAGCCACAAUAUUCUACUAAUUGUACUGUAUUUUAAUGCUAUUAUUGUUAUUAUUAUUGCUACUUAAACCCUUCCAACUAUUUUUAUUAAAUUUAUUAUACCUUAAACAGCCCAAAGGUGGUGUAGACUUUAAACAACAAAGCACCAUAAUACAUGUGUGUUCACAGUGCUUCUCACCCCGCCACAAACGAGUCAGCACCCUGUAAAUGUGUUUACCUUGACCUUCUACAUGUAUCAAGUCAAAGUGGGUUAGCUUAUUUAUUCCACACAAUGCCUUAACUGCUUCAGAGCAGAUCCCUGAAUCCUUACGUUUCCAAAGUACUGAACUUGUAGAUACUGUACAUUCCUUUUUUUGCAUGUAUGAAUCCACUGCCAUUAGCCAUAUUUAUUAACAGUAAGUUAUGGAAAUGCAUGUUGUUUAUUGUUUCUAAUUCUUAACUCCCUGACAUUUUAAACAACAUUGAUGGCAUUUAAACUUGUAAAUAUUUGUAUUAAAGUAAUCUCAAUUUUCUUUUGAAAAGGUCUCUGUCCAUAAUAUUCAAUGCUAUAUAAAUUAAUGUUUUUACAGCUACUGAAUAAAUGCCCAUUCUAUAUACAGU